AUGAUAAAAGUCUGAUCUGAUUAUUCUAACCUGUUUUUGAUCAUUCUUAUAGUGAAAUCCGAGUCACGGGCCAAAGUUCACUGGGAUCACAGCUUAACAGAGCCAAUGAAUCUCAAAUCGGAAGAGGGGCUUUACUAUCACGUUGAUUUUGAAGGUGUUCAACCAUGCCUCUACCUUCUCACAGAGUUUGAAGAUCAUCGACUUAGAAUGUGCAUUCCAAAUAUCAUUGAGAAAGUUAAAACGGAAUUCGUAUUUGCAAUGGAUCAAGUCCACUACCUUCUCCAGCGUCGAAAACCGGGUUCAGCACGUCAUCGUCUGCGGCAGAUCUUCCUAUACAAAAGCAAGAUCUUUCAUAAAGCUGCCAAUGACGUGCGUUCUUGCCGUGGCACAGCACCUAAGACUAUGCUUGACCUCAGUUAUUUACGUAGAGUCCGCUCUGAUCUUUUGCGCAUUGAAAUCCUCUUGAAGAAAACUGGACGAAAACUUAAUGGCUCCAAUCUCUAUGAAGCCAUCAGAGAAGCUAAUGGAGUUAUUAGGCGACUUAAUGAACUCAUGGAAUGCCCGCAACACGGAUUACCUGAUAUCUUCGUCUCCAUGAUCAUGGACAAUAAGAGAAUAGGUUUCCUACGAAUUCCAUCUCGAGAUAUCUAUCAUUCAACAUCAGAUGCUGAGCGUGGAAAGCUAGCCUCACAAGUUACUACGCAUUUCGUCCGAAAACCAGGCCAUGAAGGUGUUGGUGAAAAGGGUUGGCGAAUUCAGUGUCAACUUCGACUGUACACUUGGUUAGGUCUAGUCAAGGAUUAUCUCUCCUAUAAGAAUGGUCUUCCUGAAGGAUAUGACCCCGAUUGUGUCAGUGGAAUUGAUCCUCCAAAAUCGCUCGUUUACGUCGAUUCAAGUAAAUUUGAGCUACGGUGCUAUCUCUACUUGGCAAAGAAUCUACUGGCUUCAAAUAAGACUGGAUUUUCCGAUCCAAUGGCUCGUGUAUUGAUUAACGAUGAGUUAUUGGAGACAUUCCCAAUCUAUGAUACUAUGAGUCCUCUUUGGGAUUUGACCUUGAUAAAAACAAACAUUACAUUCUACCACAAACCAGAAGGUGUUUUGAACAAUCCGCCACAGAUUAUUGUGGAAAUUUUCGACGUCAAUGCUCCAAAAGUCAACAAGAAUCAGGAAGUGAAAGCAUCCAACUUUCUGGGUCGAUGCUUUUGCGAGCCAAAUAUAGUUAUUAAAGGAGCUGAAUACCACCCUCCACCUCUUCAAUGGUGGCAUAUCUAUCGUGGACAAAAUGCCGCAGGAAAACUUCUCGCCAGCUUUGACCUUAUUGAGGUCGAUGCAUUGGAUGAUAUUGAUGAGGUUCCAACUGUGGAAGAUUUAGCAGAUUUCACACGUCGUUUCAACGAAAGAGUACUACUCGGUCCCACAAGUGGUAUUCCUUUCUCAGACGAUUCUGAUGAUUAUGGAGAGUAUGGAGAAGAAUGGGACGAGGAGAUGCAACGAGCUGCCAAGCUCUUUGAACAGGACGGAUAUGACUCGCCGCAAGAAGAUUCUGAUGAUGAAAGCAGGAGUCUCCUUUCAACAACUACAUCGGGGACACUUGCCACUACCACAGCUAUAAAAAGAACUAAAAAGAAGAAAGCAAAGGUUGGCCUAGCAACAGCUGAUUUGGUUCGAUGGAGGGCUGUUGAUUCUCUUCGGUUGCCAGAAAACAUCCGACCUCCUCUUGGAAGAUUCCGCUUGGAAGUCGUCUUCUGGGGUAUCAGAGAACUGAAAAGACAAUUCCUCCUUCCGGUUAACAGGCCCGUCAUAACUAUAGAAGUUGGAGGAACCAAAAUUGUUUCGGAUCUUCUACGAAGUGCCAAAAUUAGUCCGCUAUUUGAGAGGCGUCUCAAAUACGUCGAUCUGUAUCUUCCAUUGGAUGAGAAACUCUGGCCUCCAAUCACGGUAUUGUGUCAAGACCAUAGAAUGUUUGGAAUUCAUAUCAUCGUUGGUCUCUGCACCCUUCCAAACCCAACCGAUUUCUUUGAGAAGAAGGAUCUCGGUUUGUUCUCUGCUUUUGAAAUAGAUUAUUGUGGUCUUUCAGUUGUGUUUGAUGAAUAUGAAGAGAGCAGCACUCAGGAAUCCACGAAUGAACACCAGAAAAAAGCUCCAAUGCUAUCAAAAGCUCUGGCUGGGAUGGGCGACCCAGAAACAGAAGAGGCCCAGAAGUAUGUUGAAGAAGACGGGACACUUCAGGCUGGUCGCUAUGGUGCCCCAAAACCCCUUGCUUCUUUGGGCUCAGCUGAUAGUGAUGAUAGCAGUGAGGACAGUAGCAAGAAGGAAUCAGUGACUUCAACCGGAAAACCAUCCACAUCUCUAAUGACUAUUGAGUCACAUCCUGGUAUGUAUUCUGAACGUGAUCCUAUUUUGAAAGAUGCAUCGCAGAAAGGCGGAAGUGUUGUUUCUGAGGGAUAUGUGGGCACGUUGGCUAGAAAGGCUACUCCUCAGGCCGGUGUAAAGUCCUUCCCGGUGAAUCCAAUGUCGAAAUUGUCGAAACAACAAUUGAAUACACUCGAUUGGUGGUCGAGACUUUUUGCUUCUUUGGGUGAUAUUGAUAUUGGUGCAGAUAGUGAUGGAGAUGACAAUAUCGAGGAAGUAGACUCUCAAUUCGAUGACGAGUUGGAGAAAGUAGAGCUUCUGCCUGAAGAUGAUGACAUGGCGGAUGAAAUGAUUCUUGAGAUUCCAGAAGACGACAUUGUUGUUGUUGGAGGCAAAAAAUCUCGGCGUGCUCGAAUUCGCAAAUUCUUCCACUUGAAGCCAAAGAAUGAGUUGACCGCUCUGGAGAAAUACGAAAAACAGAAAGAAAAGGAAAGGAGGAAGAAAGCCAAGAAAAAUAAAAGAGGCAAAACGGAGCCGAAGAUUCUAAGUAAGAUUCGCGGUGAUGCCAAGAAGGCUUUCUUGAAGGAAAUCCAAGAUGACGUUAUCAUCGCGAGCGCAGGAGUCGACAAAAGUCUUAUCGAGCGCAUUAAGGCAUACCUUAUAUACUCAUCAGAACUUGAAGAGGUUUCAGAGUUCCAGGGCUUCGUAGAUCCUAUUCGCAACUUCAAGCUUUUCCGUGGUAAACAAGAAGACGAUGAUAUGGCAGCAGAGGAAAGAGCUGUUGGCUAUUUCAAGGGAAAUAUCAAGCUUUACCCCAUUGCUGAGGACUCUGACCCACCAGCUUCUGUUGAAGAACUUCACUCCUUCAAGUCCCUUCCACAGAGGACGCACUGGCGGGUUCUCGUUCGUUGCUACAUCAUUCGGGCUUUUAAUUUGCAUCCUGCGGAUCCUACCGGUCUUUCUGACCCUUACCUCAUUGUGAGCAUGGGAAAAACAGUUUACAAUGAAAAAGCCAACUACAUUCCAAAGACUCUUCGUCCCACCUUCGGGAAGAUGUUCCAAUUCGAAGUGGAGUUCCCGAAAACCACUAUCCUUCACAUAGAUGUUAUGGAUAACGAUCUUCUCGGUUCAGAUGAUUUAAUUGGUCAAACAGUGAUUGACCUUGAGAGCCGUUUCUAUAGCCCUCAUCGUGCCACAUGUGGUCUAGCACAGACCUACUACAGGCAAUUCGUUUGCCUUUAUAGCCAUAGUUACGCUCAGUGGAGGGACAACAAACUCCCGACUCAAAUUUUAGCCGAGUUAUGUCAAAAGUAUGGCCUUCCUCCACCAGUCUACACACAAAUUGACAAUACAGUGAAAGUUGGUGAUAAAAUAUUCUUUGCUGACACUACAAUAGUCGACGAAACAGAACAAAGCAAAAAAUCAAAUGAACCGUUGGCUCUCGCGGCGUUGAAUCACUGGAGUGAAAUAUCCGGUGGAAUUAGCUUAGUACCUGAACAUGUAGAAAUUCGAAAGCUCUUACAUCCUGAGAAGGGCAGUUUGGAACAGGGUCGUCUUAUGAUGUGGGUAGAUAUGUUUGAUAGGGAUGAAGAUAAACCCGCAAUGCCCUAUGAUGUGACCCCGCGAACUCCAGAACCGUGGGAACUUCGCUGUAUCAUCUGGAACACUGCUGAGGUUGUGCUCAAUGAUACAUCGUUAUUCUCAAAUGAAAAGAGUGCGGAUAUUUAUGUUCGAGGAUGGAUUAUGGGUGUUGGGGAAGAUGAUCAGAAAACAGAUGUACACUACCGAUCUCUUUCAGGCGAAGGUAACUUCAACUGGCGAUUCGUGUUUCCAUUCAAUUACAUGCGACAUGAAAAUAGGGUGGUGUUCUCACACAAGAAGGCUUUUGAUAUUGACCCAGUGGAGGUCAAAAUGCCCGCUGAUCUGACGCUUCAAGUCUGGGAUAAUGAGCUUGUUCGAAACGACAAAUUCUUAGGUUCGAUCGCUUUGAAACUUUCCAAAAUGCCAAGACCUGCAAAGACACCAGCCACGUGUGGUUUGCAUCAAUUGGAUCCUAGCUGUCCAACUCUCUCCUUGUUCGAAAACAAGCAGAUUCGUGGUUGGUUCCCAUUGGUUAUUCGUGAUGAAGAGGAGAAUUGCGAUGUCGUUCAGGGCAAAGUGGAAGUUGAACUCAAUUUGGUAUCAGGACAGGAUGCUGAAUCAUCACCCGUCGGUAAAGGUCAUGAUGAACCCGAAGCUCUUCCCAUGCCAAAUCGACCAGACAGUUCCUUCAUGGGCUUCUUCAGCCCUCUCAACACCAUUCGUUACUUGAUCAAGUACAAAUUGAAGUGGAUUUUAAUCAAACUCCUAAUUGCAUUCUUAAUUAUUCUGAUUGUCUUCCUUUUGAUCUACACCUCUCCUGGUUGGAUUACCAAGAAGAUUUGGAACGCAUAA